AUGGAGAACACUACAGGACAGUUUAUGUUUGUACUUAAUGGACUGAAUGAGACAGCUACAAACAAACACAUUUACUUUGCCUUUGUGCUGAUUGCUUACCUAUUCACUGUUUUUGUUAAUUCAUCUUUGAUCAUUACUAUUUUCUUGGACAAAAUGCUACAUGAGCCUAUGUAUAUUUUUGUGUCUAAUCUCUGUAUCAAUGGAAUAUUAGGUGCAAACAGUUUUUAUCUAAGGUUCCUUGUUGAUUUGUUAUCUGAAGUUAAUCUGAUUUCAUAUUGUGAGUGUUUGAUACAGAUAUGUUUUAUAUUUUACUACGUCUUCUGUGAAUACACUUCCUUGGCAGUGAUGGCUUAUGACAGAUUUAUUGCUGUAUGUAAGCCACUGGAGUAUCACUCUAUCAUGACACCUCAGAGAGUGUUGCAUCUGCUUUUAUUCACAUGGCUAUUCAGUUUUACAGAGACCACUGUUGGUGCACUAUUGACAAGUAGGCUUCCUAUGUGUGGCAGACACCUCAAGAAGAUCUAUUGUUCAAAUUGGCCUUUGGUGAAGCUUUCAUGUGUGGAAACAAUUGGGAACAAUAUAUAUGGAUAUGUUUUGAUGUUUAUUCAUGUGUCUGAGGCUCUGCUUAUCAUCAUUUCUUAUGUCCAUAUCAUAAGGACAUCCCUGCAAUCUAAAUCAGGCUGGGCCAAGUUUAUGCAGACAUGCUUGCCUCAUUUAAUUACUUUAAUUAACUUCAAUGUGGCAUUGCUUUUUGAUGUGUUAGAUGCUCGAUAUGGGUCAACUCAGAAAUUACAAACAAUUAGAAACUUCCUGGCUGUAGAAUUCCUCAUUAUUCCCCCUCUAUUAAAUCCUCUCAUAUAUGGAAUAACCCUCACUAAGAUUCGUAGUAGAAUACUAAAAAUAUGCGGACACCGGAUUAAAGCUAUUGGCUGA